AUGCCGCUUCGCGAGACGGACCCGGAUUUCGAGAGCGACAUCUUGGAAAAGGUCACGGCAGACGUCGAGGCCACCCGCAAUCUCGAGUUUGCGGUUUCCGAGUAUCAUCUGCCGCUGCCGCUCCUCCUCGUUGACGAACUUGCGGAGAAGCCAUUGCCGUGCCAUGAACCUGCCGACGAGACCCUCGCCAUCAGCGCCCACUUGUCGGUGCGCAUUCGCGCCUUUUACAACCAGAUUGCCGCCGCCUACAACCGGGUCGAGGAUCCGCCAGCCAGCCUCGGCCUCAAGAUCGAAAUCCAGCCGCAGAAUUUCGACCCAGAGGAGCCGGAAUGCUACCAUCGCAGAUAUCAUUCACGUCGCCUGCAGCUGCACAACCCAGAGACACUGCCCGACCUGCCCUUUGUGAGCCGCCUGAUCAUCAAGUCAAGGGCGUACGGCUCUGGUGCCGAAGACGCGACAGACAUACGCCCUUUGUCUCCCCUCGUGCCGCUGCAGUGCCUCGUCCACCUACCAGCUGUCCAAGAAUGGACUAUCCCCUGGUUCUGGGAGCGGCCCAUGCCUGCCUGCAUGCCCAGUAGGGUGAUGCGCGAGCACUACACAUGGCCGUGGGAGGGCCCCCUGCGAGACGCCCGCCACGAGUUCGGCGCCGCCAUCAUGGACCAGGAGAAGCACCUCUGCGGAAGAAGAAUCCCGGCCGGUCUGACCAGGGCCGCGCUGCACUUCUGGCCAUUCUUCUCUCGCCCCAACAAUGACCAGUCCGUGGCCCGGCCGAAUCUGAUCCAUCCGGCGGACAAAGAUCCUGUGUCUGUCGGCCUGUGCAAGCUCGGUGCUCAGCUCAGCCUAUUCGAUAUCCGUGCUAUGAUCACUCCGGACCUGUUCCCUAGUCCCGAGGUACCAGCCCACCAGCAGUGGUCACAGAUACGGCGGUUCCGGCUCGAGUUCCACUCCCUUCGCUCAGACGGGCGGUGGUACUUUGUCGGCCCUGGUGGCGAGGACCCGCACGACUCUGAAGAAGGAGGGUACACGAUCUCAGACGAACAUUACCCUCUCGAAAUAGACACGGAGGAGGAUGUUGAACUCGACGAUGAGUACAGCGACAAUCCGGACGACGAAUAUGACUACCGUCUAGACAUGUUCCGCACCGAGCCCUGCAGGCAGCGGCUGGAGCCCCUGCUUGCGGCGUUUGCCAAGUCUCUGACUACCCCUAACAUGCCGCGCCUCGAGGACGCCGAGAUGCUCACAUACCUGUGGUGGGACCCUUCAAACGACAGAGACAGUGAGAAAUAUGGCUUGCCGAUGAAAAAGGGUCACAGAUGGGGUGUAAAAUUCAUUGCCGGCCGCAGCGAUGAGAAGGACAAGAAGGACAGCGAUGCCGCUGCAGCAGCCCCAACACCACCGGUGGUGCAGUGGCAGGUUGGCGACUGGAGGCCCAGCGACGAGGUCAUGAGUCUGUUCGAAAACCUGGGACGGCAGGAGUGGCUCAAUCUCGAAUGGGACAAGUAUCGAUCUACCGCAGGGCGCGAUUUGCUGGGAAAUAGCACGUCGAACCCAAUUUAG